CCUCAACCACCACUGCCUCCACCAUCAUCAUAGUAACAAAUCAACCAUAGCAUUUAUACCUGAAUCACUUGUCAAAAUAGUCACAGCUAACAAGGACAAAACAUACACAUACAUACAUACAUACAUAUAUAUAUAAACAUAUACAUAUAUACAUAUAUACAUACAUAUACAUAUACACACAUAUACAUACACACACAUACAUACACACACAUACUCAUACACACACACAUACUCAUACACACACACACAUACAGACACAUAUAUAUAUAUAUACUUAAACACCAUAUACACAAUCGCUCCCUUUCUUUCUGUCUGCGUGUCUCUCUCUGUCUAUUUAUUUAUCUCUCUCUCCCUCUCUCUCUCUCUCUUUCUCCCUCUCUCUCUCUCUCUUUCUCCCUCUCUCCCUCUCUCUCUCUCUCUCUCUCUCUCUCUCUCUCUCUCUCUCUCUCUCAUGUACACACACACUCGCACAAGCACGCAUUUACACAUACAUACACACGCAAGUCUCACCAGCAAAAUACCAAUCAAUUUCACUCCAUCCUACAGAUCUAUACUGGUCGCGAAAGUCGAACACGGGGAAAGAUAUUGUCUUGAUUCCAACUCAGUUGACAGAUAAUUGAAAGAACAAAAAAAAAACCCCACAAGUAUAAAAUAACAGCAACUCACACACAUAACAAUACCAACAAUAACAAAAACAGUAUUAAAGUAAUUUACUAGAAAUAUUCUUGCGUGUUGUAUAUCAUUGUAUGCGUUGCGUGCAAUAAUUUGAAUAGCUUUCUAAAGUUAAGCACAUAAAGAGACUAGUGUUUAUCUUCCUAAUCCAACUGUUUUAAGAUGACCAGCAAGGCAGGAUCUUUCACUCACAAAUUGCCUGGAGAGCAUGUUUAUGAAGGGGUAUUGUUCUUUGAAUUCAGCCCACCUGAGAUACUUGAUCGAGUCAAGGAUUUCAAUGUGCGUGAUGACGAUGUUUACAUAGUUACCUAUCCGAAAGCAGGAACAACAUGGCUUCAAGAAGUCUUGUGGUUAAUAAUGAAUGAUGGUCAUUUGAAAGAAGCAAGUGAAAAACCAGUUUAUUUCCGCUCUCCAUUCCUUGAAUUCAAAGACACUAUAUUAAAUGAAGUUGGUUUGGAAUUGGCAGAUGCUGUUCCAUCACCCAGGGUGAUAAAAACGCAUCUACAGAAACGUCUUGCUCCAAAACAACUCAAUGACAAAAAUUGUAAGGUUGUGAUUCUGUUCCGAAACCCAAAAGAUGUAUGUGUUUCUUACUACCAUUUCUACCGCUCGAGCUCAUCCAUGGGUAAUUUCAAGGGCAGCUGGAAAGAAUUUCUCGAAAUGUUUAUUGCUGGUCACAUUGGACAUGGAUCAUGGUUUGACUUCACAGAAAGCUGGUGGCAUAGUCGCCAUAAUUCGAACGUAAAAUUGGUCUACUAUGAAGACAUGAAAAAGAAUCUCACAAAAUCUGUUGAAGAACUGGCUAAGUUUAUGGGCCGAUCUCUGAGCCAUCAAAAUGUGGAUGAUAUUGUGAAGCAUUGCUCAUUUGAAAAUAUGAAAUCCAACCCAAUGACAAACCAUGAAGAUGUCUAUUCCAUUAAUAAAAAUAUCUCACCACUUCUGAGAAAAGGUACUGUUGGAGAUUGGAAAAGUCAUUUCACUGUUGCUCAGAACGAAGUGUUUGACAAAGUAUUGGAGGAAAAAUUGGGCCAUUUAAAUAUUCCAUUUACUUAUGAGUUGUAAACCUCCUCAAGAUAAAAUUGUUUUAUUAUAUUUUCGUGUAUUUUGCUUUUGUUGGCAAAUAUUAGCUUUUUAUUAGAAUGUUUCAAAUAUGAUAUGAUAGCAUGUUUUUUUUAUAAGGGUAGAGCUUUCACAAACCCUGGCUUGAAUUUCUGAUGAUUUUUAAUUUACAUUCAAACACACACACACACACACAUGCACACAAAUACAUAUAUACACACAUGCAUGCACAAACACACACUCAUAUCUGUCUGUCUAGCUAUAUAUACAUAAAUAUAGUUUCACUCAAUCUUAUACACUCAAGCACACACACAAGCACACACUCACGCAUGCAUGCACACACACCCACCCACUGAAACACAUACAAAUUUCUAUUUGUCUGUGUGUUCAUCUAUCUAUAUACAUAUAUAGUCACACAUACAUACACACAUGCACGUACGUGCAUCUAUGUAUUUACACACACACACACACACACACACAAACACACCCAAACACAUACUCAUUUCUAUGUGUCUGCCUGUCCAUCUAUCUAUAUACACACAGUCUCACACACACACACACACAUGCGCAUACACACACACACACCUAAACACAUACUCAUUUCUAUCUGUCUGCCUGUCCAUCUAUCUACAUACACACACAAUCUCACACACAUGCACACACACACACACACACACACCAAACACAUUUGAAGGUGAGUUGAUGUUUUGUUUUCUAUUAGCAGGCAAAUUAAUUGCACACACGUCACUGACAUGAGGACGUAUGCAGACAUGGUGAUGUGUGGUUUGAAUAUGAAACUGAAAUGUCUAUGACACAGGUUGGAAUACGAAAUGAUAUCAGUUGUUGUUGUUAUUAACUUAACCAGCAUUAAGAGGUGGUGACCUGGCAGAGUUGUUAGCAGGCUGGACAAAAUGCCUAGCAAAGAUCUGAGUUCAAAUGCUGCUGAGGUCAGCUUUGCCUUUCAUCCUUUUGGGGUUGAUAAAAUAAGUACCAGUUGAAUAUUUGGGUUGAUGUAAUCGAUUAACCUCCUGCCCAAAGUUGCUGGCCUUGUGCCAGAAUUAGAAACCAAUAUUUACUUAUGUUCUCCUCCCAUAUUUUGUGUUCAUACUUUGCCUAGGUCAUCCUAGCCAGUCAUUCUUCUAGGUUCAAUAAAAUUAAAUAUUUGCCAAAUAGAGUGGUUCAUUUAAUCAACUGUUACCUAUCCUGAAAAAUAUGUGUUUUUGUGCCAAAAUUAGAAAUCAAUAUUAUAUAUGUUAAAGAUCAUUGGAAAAUACUCAAUAAAUAAUGGUUUAAAAUUUUCUAGAAUCUUCCUGAUUAAUGAUACUUAACAUUUGAAUGUUUCAGAAUAAUGUUUUCUUUAUGAUGAUGAAGUUCUAAAAACAGAAACAAUCCCUAUAAUAAUAGGUACAUUAGGUAUGAUAAAAAAAAAUUGUAGACAAAUACAUAACCAAAACACCAGGACUUACAAAUGUAUAUAACAUAUAGAAAAUAGCACUACUAGGCACUGCAUACAUCCUACCUACAUAAUGCACUUUCAAUACGAUGAAAAUGACAACGCCAAAACAAACUUCAACACUGAAGAAGGUAAAAAGAAAUCGAGAGAAAAUAGAGAUUAAAUAAUACAAGCAUAUAUAACUCAAUAUGGAUCAUGUUGAAAUAUUUCCUAUUUCAUAGUAGACAUAUAAGGACUAUUCCAAAAGUCUCAGUGAUUUUAUUUUAAAGGUUUGUUUUGAAAUUUCCUCAUGCUGUGCCACUUAGCCACAGAAACAAACAUACUUUUAUAUGAUUUAUGUAUUUUUAUGGUUGAGUGCCUGCUGAAGAAAGGCUGUGAAUAGAUUUUCAUUCCUGAGCAUUUUUAUAUUAACAUAUUUAUAGAGUUAAUCUUAUUGUGAAGAAAGUAUAUCAAUAACAUUUUACUUCUGAAUCUAAAAGUAUAUUGGUUUUAAACCUACAUGAAAAAUAUAUGUAUAUUGUGUUGUAUAAUAAUUGAAUUUUUGUCCAAAUAAUCCAGCUGUUGUUGUCAGCCCUGAAUAAUAUAUAAGCUUAUAAUGUUUUAACAUAAUUUACAUUAAAAUCUUAGCCAUUAAGUCAUAAUGUAUAAUCUUUUUUGUGGUCGUCUUGCAGGAAGACUGUUGUAAGAAUUAAUUGUUCUUGUGAUAUUAAAUAAAGUUGCCAAUUAUUCACAUUUGGA